AUGUGCAGAGAGCCCCCUCCGCAGGGCCCGCUCAUCGCCCAGUCCCGCCGCGGCUUGCGCGGGGCCUGUGCACAGCGGCUGCGCGAUGUGGGCGACCUGCGCCCGGUCCUCCUCGUCGUGGUCGGCAUUGCUGCUGCGCAUGUGACGGCGACGCAGCUGACGACCGAGUGCCUCCGGCAUUCGGAGCGCCUCACCACGCCCCUGCUCCUUUGGGCGUCCACGUGCUCCAACCUCCUUCUCGGCGCGCCGCUCCUCGCCUGGCGCGCUCGCGCGAGGGGCGGCGCCAAGCCGCUCCUCGGCGCGUGGGAUGCGCGGCCUCGCCAGCUCGCCCUCGCCGUCGCGCCCUUCUUUGUGCUCUAUCUGGGUGCAAACGGCCUCUACAUUGCCGCGCUGGCCUCGCUCUCGCCGCCGCUCGUCGUCUCAAUCUUCUCGACCACGCCCGCCCUCGUGGCGCUCCUGUCCGUCCCACUGCUCGGCCGCCCGCUGCGCGCGCUCGCCGUCGCCGCCGUCGCCUGCUCGACGGUUGGCGUGGUCCUCGUCGCGCAGCCGCUGUUUGGCGACGUCCCUCCUCCGGCGCUGCUCUUCUUCCUCGUGACGCUCGGAGGUGAGCUCCUCGUCCUCGUGCCGCUCGGAGGGUAUGGCCUCGUGUGCGGCACGGCCCUCCUCUCCGCCCUCCAGCCGAGCUGGCCCUCCGACCUCGCGUCGGCCGGAGGGGGAGGCGCCCUGCUCCUCGCCGGCCGGGCCGCCGCCGACGUCGCCUUCAACCUCCUCAUCGCCCUCGGCCUCUCGCUCACCCACCCCCUCUUCAUCUCGAUCGGGACCCUCCUCUCGACGCCCCUCGCCCUCGUGCUCGCGUCGCUGCUGCACGCGCCUCCGCCGUCGCCCGCCGCGGCGGUCGGCAUCGCUGGCAUCGCGAUCGGCUUCUGCCUGCUCCUCGCCGACGAGCCUCUCGCCAAGUCGGCCCUCAUCGUGAGCAAGGCCGACGGCAUGGCCUCGGUGUCGCUGAACCACCGUCCCGUCAACGCCCUGACCCAAGGCGUGUGCGAGGAGCUGCGGCAGUGCCUCGGCGAGCUGGAGGCCGACCCGCAGGUGCGAGGCCUCCUCCUCGGGUCGGCGCUCCCCGGCCUCUUCUCGGCCGGCCUCGACCUGCACGCGUUCCACAAGCCCGACCCCGACGCCCUCGCCGACUACUGGACGGCGGUGCAGGAGCUGUGGCUGGCGCUCUGGACGAGCGACCUCGCCACCGUCGCCGCCAUCUCGGGCCACUGUCCCGCGGGAGGCUGCAUGGUCGCGCUGGCCUGCGACGCCCGCGUCAUGAGGCUGCUGGUGCUCGGCGAGCUGCUGCGCCCGGCGGAGGCGGCGGAGCUCGGGCUCGUGGACGAGGCGCAGUCGGAGGACCUCGACGAGUUCAUCCACAACGUCAGCCAGCCGGACACGCAGGCGGCGCUCGGGGCGUACCUCGCGUCGCUCCGCGCCGCCAAGGAGCGAGCUAAGGACGGAGGCCCCCAAAAGCCUAAAUUGUAA